CUUUCUUUACCAGCGCCGUAUAUAUACGGCAACAACUAGAUGGGCUCUCAGUCCCACCGCCGUAUUUAUACGUUCGCCGGUGAAAUUGUUUUAAAUUCUAGGACAAUAUACAGGCGACACUUUUUAUUUUUUGGUCACAUUUUAAACCCACCGUCACAUUUAUACGGCAGUCUAAACAAGUCUGUACGCUCAGUGCCGUAAUAAUUCGUUCAUAUAAACGUGCUAUCAGAACCACCGCCGCAAAUAUAUGGCAUCAGCAAAGAAUAUCGAUGGAGCCCGAUUCAACACGAGUUAUUGGAUACCGGCACCGCCGGUCGGUUAUAUUGAACAGUGCAACGUGCCAAGCCAAGCGGUAAGGAAAGUAAAUAAAAUGGCGUGUAGUUCGAAUACGUCGCGGAAGAGAAAACGUGAGAAAACUAAAGUUAGUAUGUGUGGCCUUGCGGAGGCCGAUAUCGAUAGAAUACUAGAUUGUCUAGAUUCGGAUGAAGAUCCCUACAUUGACAGUGGAAGUGAAUUUCAACCUACUGACAGUGAAGCUAGUAGCGAAGAAGAGAUUGAUCACAUGUUGUGCACCGAAAACCACAGCGACAGUGAGGAUGAGAUAAAUGAAAUGGCGGCCAAUGAUGAACAGAAAGAAGCACAAGCGGUAAGGAAUGCUUUACCUGAAAACUUUAGCGUGAACUGGACAAAAGGCAAGUUUAUUCCUCAAAUACAUAAUUUUGACGAUAAAACUGCUGGUGCUUGUUUAGAAAACACGGAAGUUCCAUUCAGUGAAUUGGAUUAUUUUCUAUUAUUUAUGAAUGAUGAGGUAGUGAACAUGAUUAUAACGCAGACUAAUAAAUAUGCUUUAGAACAGACACAUUUGAAUACAAAAAUAACUUGGACAGCAAUGACUAAAGAAGAUUUCUUUACUUUUAUUGCUGUUCUUUUCCUUGCUGCUCGUCAUCGAAAAAACAAACUUGUCGAAAAUUGGUCGACAGAUGAAUUGUUGUACACUCCAAUAUUUGGAAAAGUUAUGUCCAGAAACCGCUUUCAAAUUAUAUUACGCAUGUUACAUUUUGCAGAUAAUGCCCAACAAAUUAAAGGCGACUCUUUCCAUAAGUUACGAGGAAUUUUCGAAAAGAUGAAAAAUACAUUUGCUCAGAGAUUUUCUCCAUUCCAGAACUUAGUAAUUGAUGAGAGUUUAAUGCUUUUUAAAGGACGCCUGCUUUUCAAGCAGUUUAUAAGGACAAAACGUCAUCGUUUUGGCAUUAAACUAUUUCUUUUGUGCGACUGUGAGACAGGAUACGUUUUAAAUUUUAUCGUAUAUACAGGCUCCAAAACGGAAAUAGAGCUAUACAAGGAUCUGGGGAUAUCAGGGUCAGUUGUAACAACACUUAUGAAGUCUUAUUUAGAUAAAGGCCACUCUCUAUUCACGGAUAACUGGUAUACCUCUCCAACGCUUUCUACCUAUUUAUUUGAACACAAAACAAAUACAUGUGGUACCGUUAGAACUAACAGAAAACAAAUGCCUGAUUUAUCGGGUAAAUUAGAAAAAGGCGAAACAAAAUCGAUGGUUAGCGAUAAUAUGUUAGCCGUUAGAUGGAAAGAUCGCAGAGACGUUAAUAUGUUGACAACUUUUCAUAAAGAUCAAAUGAUAAAUGUAAAUAAAACAAACAUGAAGACAGGGGAAUCUGUGAAGAAACCGGAAUGUGUCGUCCACUACAACCAAAAUAUGGGAGCAGUAGACAGAACGGAUAUGAUGCUAAGUUCCACAGAAUGCGUUAGAAAAACAUUAAAGUGGUACAAGAAACUAUUCUUUCACAUUCUUGAUCUAUGUGUCCUGAACAGUCAUGCAUUAUUCCUUAUGCAAAAUCCAGGGCAGUUGCCCUUGGCAGAUUUCCAAUUGAGGCUAACUCGACAGCUGCUUGAAAGUUAUAAUGUACCAAAAACCAUACCCAGGACGUUGAAUACAUCAAAACAUCAGCGUCUGACGGGGCGACAUUUUCCGGCUAUGGUACCAAAUAAAAAAGUUCGAAGAUGUAUUGUUUGUUCACAGUCUAAAAUUCGUGACCAAAAAAAGAGGCGAGAUUCAAGAUAUAUGUGCAAUGAAUGCGACGUGGGUCUAUGUGUUUUUCCUUGCUUCGAAGAAUAUCACACAAAAGAAAUGUAUUAAAAUGUAUAUUCUUAUAAUAAAAUAUACAAGCUGAAUCAAUUAUUUCAUAUCAAUAGUAUUUAUUAUCUCCUCAUAAAACAACUCUUGAUCUAUUUUCUAUAAUGCCGUAUAUAUAUGGCACUGGGGCUCAUGACAUUUUAAAAACUCUGGUUCUGGCAGUACUACAUAGGUAUUGACGACCGGUAAAGAAAG